AUGUCUCCCUCCAACAACAGAACAACUCCAGGUGUCGUUCGUACACUGGUUUUGCUGUGCAUGGCAACAUUGACCUUUAUUGUUGUCGGCUCUUUCAACAUAUCGGAUAAUGCGGCUCCAGCAGGAUACCCUUCCUUUUUGGCGGAACCCCCCAGUUGGACUCUCUUUCGUGGGUACUGGAAGUCGGAACGGCAAUGUCGAGCUCUUGCCAAACAGCUUAGAGAGACACAUCCAACAGGCGUUUGCCGAGGUGAUCCCAAAUGUCCCACAAUGGUCCACACCGAAACUCUAAUGUCGCGAGGGGAUUCUCUGGACCCAAGACAAGAACAGCUCCUAGUCCUUUCUUUUUUGGCUACCCAGCACUCCUCCCUCAUUCUCAAUAUUCUGGUCUCCGAAGCAGACUUCCAGCAGCCUCCAAAAUGGCUUUCUUCCUUGCUGGAACACGAGGAAUAUGGGAAAAGAAUUCAGUUGAAUCUGUGGGACUUUGGAAAGCUUGACUUGCACCCUGAUCAACUGGAAGGUCUUCAGGCUGCCUACAACGAUAUCCCAUCACUUGCCAGCAAGAGUGAUCUACGGCGUUAUGCAGUGCUGUACCACUACGGUGGCCUUUGGCUUGACACCGACACGAUCUUUGUGAAUGAUGUACGCCCCUUGAUGGGUCUGGACUUUGUCUACGUUGCUGGCAAGAUGUUCAAUGGGGCUGCCAUGGGUGCUUCCCGAAAACAAUCCACAUUUAUGAGAAGGAUCAUUGAACAUGCCGUAUAUCUUUAUAAGUACAACAACGAUGGGGCGUACUAUAGAUUUGCAGGGUACUUGUUCCAAGAUUUGUGGGACCAAAAGCCUGCGCCCUUCUUUGCUUUGAGUGGAUGUUUGUUUGAUGACGGUUGGGGUGGGCACUUUCAACAGGCUCCUGCGUCUUGGAGUGACAUUUGGAGCCGACCCACGACAAGAUCCAUCAAUGCAUUCUUUCAGGAUCCAAACGGCGUUUUUACCUAUCAUUGGCACGGGCAUGGAGUAUGGGGCACCAAGAUACAGCCCAAGUCAUUCGCCUCGGUGGCACAUGCCAACUAUGUCAGACAGCUACAAUUGGAUCCGACAAUAUUCCAUCCUGCAGAAGAAGAAGAUUGGAAACAGUAG